AAAGAAGAAAAUAACCUUUUUUUUAAACAAACUAAAUAUUAAAGAAUUUAUAUCCAUAGAUAAAUAAUAUAGUAUAUUUUAUAUCUUGGUAUUAUAGAGUGGAAUUCUAAAAAAUGAGUAACUAUGCAAAAUAUACAGAUUUAAUAAAACAAACUACAGAAUAUGCUCGACGAAUGAACAGGCUAAGUAAUAGAAUAUUUGGAGAAGUUGUUCGACCAACGAAUCCUAAAUCUAUGAAAGUUGUCAAAUUAUUUAGUGCAGAGCCAGUUCAUUUACGGAGGGAAGUAUAUGCUUACUACCCAAGACAUAUAGAAACAGGAAAAUUAAUGAUGAAGUUGAGAGAUUAUGGUUUAUACAGAGACGAACAUGCUGAUUUUCAAGAUGAGAUGGAUAGAAUGAGAGCUCUAAGAGGUAAACCCAAACAUAUUAGGAAGUCAAAGGCUGAAAGGGAAAAAGAGGCAGCAGGCAAAAAAGAGUAAAAGUCUUUAAUUUAGUUGUAAAUGUAUAGAGUGUAAAUAUAGUUAUUAAUAAAGAAUAAAUUGUUAAUUUA